AUGGCGACCGGCUACCAACUCAUCGCAGUUAACGGAACACCCGUUAAUACUUACGGUGUCGUAACAAUCGUUUUGAACAUCGGCCUUCGCAGAGCGCUAACAUGGCGCUUCAUACUGGCAGAUGUGUCCAAUCCAAUCAUUGGCGCCGAUUUACUUUCACACUAUGACAUCCUGGUCGACCUCAAAAACCAACGACUCAUCACCUCAGUUGAAUCAAUCAUCAGGAUUUUGGCAACUGCUUGCUUGCUUGAAUAUCCUAAGAUUACACGUCCCGAUGGUGAAUCUAAACAAACUUCACAUACAACGCAACAGCACAUCAAGACAACACCUGGCGUUCCAGUCAGCAGUUGUGCUCGGCGAUUAGCUCCCGAACGACUAAAAAUCGCAAAAGCUGAGUUCCAAAAGAUGAUAAAACUGGGCAUUGCAAGACCAUCAGACAGCUCUUGGUCAUCACCUCUACAUCUGGCGCCCAAAAAGAGCGGCGUCGUCUCAACGAACGUAGCAUACCAGAUCGGUACCCAGUUCUAUGCUUAG